AACAAAUUGAUCUUUACAACACUUACAGCCAACCCAACCCAACUCAACUUAAUUGAAGUGAAGUCAUUGCUAUCUAUUAACACUUACAACCCAAUCUCAUAGGACCAAUAGUCAUCCAUCAACAGUAUCAUUGUCAACCCCGACUGUGACCCUUAAUAGAAUUAGAUAGAUCAAACCCCCCUAUAGAUAGAUGGCACAUUCAUCAUGAGAUUACUAUAUCUAGAAAACCCCCGUACCAUUGCAUUAUACUCCGAAACUCAUUCAUUAUUAUUUCAUCAACCUGAAAAAUCAAAAAAAGUUAUCGUUGAAAUCAGUCCUAAUGCUAGAAUCAAUCGUGAAAAUGGGUUCAAACCUUUAUUAGGUCGUGAAGUUUAUGGAUGUCUUGGAUUGAUUCAUUUAGAACAUCAAACUUUUGUAGCUAUUAUAUCAGGAGCUAUUAUCAAUGUAGCCAAUCCUGUCAAUUAUGAAUCAGUAGAUAAGAUCUUUGGUGUUGAAUUCAUCUCAUUAACGGGUGAUGAAUGGGAUUUCGUUAAUUUAGAUACUAAUGGUAUGCCAGUUUUAACUGCUAAUGGUGAAGAAGAUAAUUAUGAUCCCAAUUCAAGAAUUGUUCAUCCCUGUUUUGAAUUAAAGAAAUUAUUAUCCAAUGGUUCAUUUUAUUAUUCCAAUGAUUUUGAUUUAACUUCAACUUUACAAAAUAGAGGGAUUGUUAAUAAUAAUUUAAAUUCAAAUAAACCUCAAGUUUCAAGAUCAAUCAUUGAUCAUUAUCAAACGGAAUAUAUGUGGAAUUCAUUCUUAAUGGAUGAUUUAUUAAAAUUUAGAAAAAAUUUAGAUCAAUAUAGUCAAGAGAUUGUGGAUCAAAAUAAAUUUUUGGUCUCUGUGAUUAGAGGUUUUGCAAAAACGAUUCAACUAAAUUCUUAUCAUGAUUCAAUUACUUUAGUUUCAAAACAAUCUUGGAAAAGAGCAGGAACAAGAUAUAAUGCCAGAGGUAUUGAUGAUGAUGGGAAUGUUGCCAAUUCAGUAGAAACAGAAUUCAUUUAUUUUCAACCUUCAAGAGCAUCCAUAUUCACAUUUAUUCAAAUUAGAGGUUCCGUUCCAACAUUUUGGGAACAAGAUACUAAUUUAAUAAAUCCAAAAAUCACUUUAACAAGAUCAUUAGAAGCAACUCAACCGAUUUAUAAUAAACAUUUUCAAGACAUAUUUAAUAAAUAUGGUGAUUAUCAUAUUGUCAAUCUUUUAUCAAAAACCAAACCAAAUGAAAUCUCAGUUUCAAAACGAUAUAAACAAUUAUACAAUAAUGCUCCCGAUCAUAGUGAUACUGAUAUCUAUACUGAAUUUGAUUUCCAUCAAGAAACAAAACAACUGAAUGCAGGUUUUGCCGCUGCUUCGAAGAUCUUACCGUAUUUGGAAGAUUCCUUAUCAAGAUUUGGAUGGUAUUCUUAUGAUAUUAAUAAUAAGGAAAGCAUCAUGAAUCAAAAUGGGGUAUUUAGAACCAAUUGUUUGGAUUGUUUGGAUAGAACUAAUUUAAUCCAACAAAUAAUUUGUCAAGAAGUUAUAAAAAUCAUUCUUGAAAAUCAAGGCAGUGGAAGUAAUCAUCGUGAUAGAAAUUCAUUUGAAGAUCUUAGACUUAAAUAUAAUACUUUAUGGGCCGAUAAUGGAGAUGCCAUAUCUCAAAUUUAUACUGGUACAAAUGCGUUAAAAUCAUCCUUUUCAAGAGCUGGUAAAAUGAGUUUUGCCGGUGCUUUAUCCGAUGUAACGAAAUCAGUAUCAAGAUUAUAUCAAAAUACAUUUGUAGAUGGUAAGAAACAAUCUACCAUGGAUUUAUUAUUAGGUUAUGAUGCUAAAUAUUCCAAACCGGUUAAAAUUUUCGAUCCUAUAAAUGAUUACGUCAAUGAACAAUUAAGAAAUCGAUAUAGCGAAUUCACAACUUAUGACAAUAUAAAGAUCUUUGUUGGGACAUAUAAUAUCAAUGCCUUAGAUCCAUCUAAUGCCGGUGAUUUAAGUACAUGGUUAUUCCCUCCUGAAAAUUUCGAUUAUGAAGAAUUACCUGAUAUUUACGCUAUCGGAUUACAAGAAUUAAUUGAGUUGAAUGCCGGUGGAAUGCUUAAUGCUGAUCCUACCUUACCUAGUAAAUGGGCCAAUAUAUUAAAUUAUCAAUUAAAUUCUCAAAAUGUCGAAUAUCUAUUAUUAAGAACUGAAUCAAUUACAUCAAUGUCAUUAUUUUUAUUUGUUAAGAAAUCUCAAAUUCAUAAUGUAACUCAAGUAGGUGGUGCUUCUAAAAAGACAGGUUUAGGUGGUAUAGCCGCUAAUAAAGGGGCAUGUGGAGUUCGAUUUGAAUUUGGAAAUACAUCCUUUGUAUUAAUUACUUCUCAUUUAGCUGCUGGUAUGGCUGCUAUUGUAGAAAGAUUUAAUGAUUAUUCAACUAUUAUGGCAGGAUUAACGUUUACGAGAAAUUAUACUGUCAAUGAUCAUGAUCAUGUGAUUUGGUUUGGAGAUUUAAAUUAUCGUAUAGCAUUAGCUAAUGAUCAAUGUCGAAAUCUGAUUGAAAAUGGAGCCUUUGAUGAAUUAAUUACGUUAGAUCAAUUAAAUCAAGAAAUGAAUACUAAAGGAGGAGCAUUUACGGGAUUUAAAGAAGGGGAUAUUAAAUUUUAUCCAACUUAUAAAUUCGAUAAAGGGACGGAAAAUUAUGAUACUUCUGAAAAACAAAGAGUUCCAUCUUGGACUGAUAGAGUGGUUUAUUUAGAUAAUGAGAAAUAUGGAGAAAAAUUACAACAAUUGAAUUAUAAUUCAGUGAUGAAUCUUAGAGUAAGUGAUCAUAAACCGGUUUAUUCAACGUUCAAGAGUAAAGUUAAGUUUACUAAUACAGCUAAGAAGAAUGAAUUAUCAAAGAAAUUAUAUGAUCAAUAUAAAGUUGAACAUGAAGGAGAAAGUCCAUUAUUAGAACUUUCAAGUUCUUUAAGUGGUGAAUCUACCAGUGAAGCAAGUUUAUUAGAUGAUUUCCCUUCAUCGAAUACUCCUUCUUCGUCACCAGCUCCAAGACUUCCAAAUCGUCCUACUGUAACUAAUAAUAAUGUUAAUGAUGGGAAUGGAAAUGGGAAUGGUGUCGGUUUAGUGCCAAGAAGAUUACCACCUCCUCCAGCUAGCAGAAAACAGAAUGCUACUGAUUUUACAUCAACUCUUUCCCAAACGUUACCUAGGAAAUUACCUCCUAAACCAGAUGAAAAUUUCUUAAUUAAUGGACCACCCCCACCAGCAUAUACAUCUGCAAGUGCUCCACCACCUCCACCAGUUCGUAAAUCAAUUACUACAUUAUCAGCCAGUAAUAUUAAUAUUCCAACCCCUGUUAGUGCAAAACCCAAACCAACACCGAUAGGAUUUACUACAACACCAUUAAUACCAAGUAGAUCCAAUUCAGCUACUCCUGUGACACCACCACCUUCAAAAGUAUCAAUAGCACCAUCAGCAUCAGUUCCACCCCCAUCGAGUUUAUCACAUACAAGUAUACUUGAUAAGGGAGUUAAACCCAUGAUACCGAAGAAACCAACACCAUUAAGUACUACCAAGAUAAUUAAACCUAAUAAUGAAAUAAGUAAAUCAGAUCCUGAUUUAUCAAUUCAAACUAAUCCAAAAUUAGGUAAUACUACUCCUCCAACUCCACCACCACCGAGAUUGAAUUCAAGUAUUCAAAAUUCUUCAUCAUUACCAAGUAGUAUGUCUGAAUGGAAACCAUUAGUUCCAAAGUAGUUAAGUCAUAAUGCAUAUAUAUAUAAAUAAUUAAUCAAUUUUGCAACUGUAGAAUUUUUAUAAGCUUCACACGUGAGUAUUCACGUGACAAAAUUUUUGAU